UAGAACACCUUUUUCCGCCAAUCCCGACCGAGGUUGAAGGUGUUCUUCUCCGAAGAAGGCUUCGGCUCAAUACUCAAGAUGAAGACUUCCACCCGCCCGACGCGUCGCUCCAGCGCGCGUACCUCUCGCCGCCGCGGCUCCAGCGACAUGUCGGCUGCUUUAUCGUCUCCGUCAGACUCUGCUGCGUCCAGCGCGCUCUCAUCCGCCCCCGAGGGAUCUCUGGAAGUGAUUUUCUGCGCCGUCCAGCGUGUGCGCCACCGCUCGUUCCUGUUGCUGUGUACGCGCUCCGACUGGCGCAUCUAUCGCCUCGACGGCUCCAGUGCGUCACGUGAGAGCUGUUCGCCUGUGCAGCUGCUCAUCGACCCCCAAAAGGACGCAGCGCGGCUCUCCAGCGUCCGCUUCUUCCACUUGUACGAACAGCCUACGGCAGACUCAGCAUUGGCUCUAGGAGCUCUGUUUGUGUCGGAAAGGAGCUCUUCACUGCUCUCGAGUGACGACGAGGACGAGGAUUUUGUGUCUGCAACAGCUGAGGAUGAAGACGACGGACGUGAAGAAAUCUCAGUGCUGGCUCUAGACGAGCAGAAACUGCUGCACAGAUUGCCGCCCUCACCCUCUCUGGUGCUGGACGUGCAGACUAACUCCACAACAGCGGCUGUACUCUGCGAGACACGGGAGCUUUUCCUCUAUGACUUGGCCACGUUUCAAUUACAACAGACAAUCAUCACGGCGUCUCCUGCUAUGGCUCUCGGACCACGAUGGCUGGCAUAUCCAGGAUUCGCACAGAGCAGUGAUACAACGCAGUCUAAUGGAAGAGAACAGACCUUGACAGGUCAAGGAGACAGCGACUCGGACUUCGACGACGUUCCUAUUGAAGCUCUUGUUAGCGGUGGCAUGGCUGUGGAGGCUCGUGACGCGUCCCACAGCUCUUCUCCGUCCUACACGGCCAUCGACGUGGCUCAGAAUGUGGCUUCAGGACUGUAUUACUUGUCAGAAUUCAGCCGAGCCACCAUCGCGCCGUAUUUGUCGUCAUCUCCGGGCAAACCGACCAAUGGAUUACACAACCAUCACACACAGACGUCAGGGACUGGACGCCGCAGCUCUGGACGGUCAAGAAACUCGUCUCUCAGUGGCUCUACAAGUAAGGAAUCCCAUAAACCUAGCGACGAUGCAGUAGCGUCAGCGUCAAAGAAACACCCAGGGUGGGUUGUGGUGCUCGACUUGGUGACCAAGCGUGUGUUGGCGAAUUUUCCGUGUCAUUCCACUGCGCUGGUUAACUUGUCGAUGGAUUUCUCGGGACUGCUAUUGGCGACGAGCUCUACCAAGGGACAAAACCUCCAUGUGUACAGAUUAUCGCCGCCGUUGCAAAGUGUAGUAAACAAGCCUGGCGGAUCAUCAACCGGAACACUUCACCAUCAGUUGGUGUACAAGUUACAGCGAGGAAUUACCCACGCCAGUAUCCAGGACAUCGCCUUUAGUCAAGAUGGCAAAUGGAUCAAUGUCACGUCAGCUCACGGCACAAGUCAUCUAUACGCGUUGCAUCCGGAAGGAGCGCGUAUUAGUGCAGACACACAUGCUAACACGGUGGAGAGUGCUGAAUCCAACGCUGACGGUUUGGGGUCAGGCUUCCCGCUACGCCAAGUGAACGACUUCUAUGCAGACUUCCGUGCACUCGAGACGCGGACGCAGACUCAAGUGCUUCGGAUCCGUCAUGAGCUCAAGAUUCCCACCGUCUCAACUGUGGCUCCCCACAAGGCAACUACCCCAACUCCCGCCAAAGCGCGGACAACCCGCUCGUCGUCAACAUCAUCUUCCUCGUCUAUGUCGUCCACGUCUUCAUCUUCGUCUCCUACGGGCCCAGCAUUCCACAGUCCGCCUGCGACCGGGAGCAUGCGCAGCAGUACCAUCAUGGAAUCAGCUCUGGAUGCGUCGCAGGCUCUGCUCUCUCACCUCGCCACAUCCGCCAUAGACUUCAGCCAUCAGCACUUCGAAAAUGACACGGAUGUGGCCUCCCGUCGUCGUCGAUUACGGCAGCGGUUGUGCUGUCUAUUUGCACCUGAUGGACUCAAGAUGCUGACCUGUUGCGACUCCGUUCUCAAGUUGUACGACAUGCGUGUGACUGCGCUGUCCCAGCACAAAGCUGACCACGCUCGUGCCACGUCGUCUGACCCGAAAACGAAGAACUCCAAGUCGUCGCUGUCGUCGUUUGGCUUUGAAGCGAGCGUCACGGAGUUGAAGUCGUGGGAACUGCUCGCUUCGGGUCGGCGAAAGUCGGAAUCGCUUUCAUCUGCUAUUGAGGAUCACGCAGGCUUGAACAACAGCAGCCUCAGUGGAGAUUCAAGUGCGAAGAGGGAGCUGAGAACGUUUGCUCAACGAUCUUUGCCGCUGUGGGCCCAUCCGAAGGUGACGUUCAAAGCGAUAGACGAGGACCACCCGGAUGGCCAAGUUCUUGAAGUCAAGCGUAAGGGUCCGAACCCAAGUCAAGAUCUCAGUGCCAGUACCAUGGCGAUGGCCCCUGAAGGUUAUGCUAAUGGCGACGAGCAACUGUUUGUGAUGGAGAUGGAUUCGUACUUUGGUAUUGGCGGUUCUCCUGUCUUUGAUGGCCACGGAGACGGUCGUCCCACUACACCAGAGGUGCCGCCUCCACUAGAUCUGGCUGCAAGUAUCAAUAUGGCCAUGUCAUCUUCGCUGUCUGAGACUCCACCCAAGCCCAUACCCGAGGUGAAGAACACGAUUUGCUUCAGACCAGUUGAUCAGAAUGCACCCCCUCACGUCAAUGGAUCGACGCAGAAGAUGAAGAAGAAAAAAGCGAAGAACCGUCGAGUGCUCACACCUCCGUCGUCGGAGAUCGAAGAAGGAAGCUCCUCGGGUGGACUGGCGUCGCUGCAGUUCACGAUGCAAGACAUGUACUUCGCAGUACCGAGCGAAGACACCAGCAGUUGAAUACACAUGAACGCUGACCUCCCCACCAAUUUACACUCAGAAGAUCAACAAACACCCUCAAGGGUAGGCCAGAAAAUGAAUUAUACACUCUCUACAAAAGCCAAAAGAGGUCAACAAGAAGCAACAGAACAAAAGGCUAUCAAUGACAAGUACAUUAGAAACUGGUAUACUUACUUGUCUGCAGGUGGCAGCUCUAAACCGUUAUCCUUUGGCUGCAGCAUGAGCUCCAC